AUGGCCAACAGAGGAGGCAGGAGAGAUGUCCUGCAAACACUGGAUGACAGGGAAUUAUUGAGACGCUACAGAUUGGAUCGUGCAGGAAUCAUGUUUGUGGUGGAUCUUCUUAGAGAUGCAAUUACUUCACCAACUCGACGCCACAACGCUAUUACACCGGAGAGGAAAGUAAUCACAACCCUGAGGUAUUUGGCAACAGGGAAAAUGCAACAAUGCAGCAGUGAUGACUUGGGUCUGUCCCAAUCCUCCGUCAGCAGAGUCAUCUCCCAAACACUGACAGCUUUGUCACAACCUAAUAUUGUGACACAAUUUGUUUCAUUCCCGCUGGAUGCCCGCACUUUACACACACAUAAAAGGGCAUUUAUGGACAUUGCAGGAUUCCCUGGCGUUGUGGGUGUAAUUGAUGGAACACAUGUGAGAAUAAUUGCGCCAUCAGAGGACGAGGCUGUCUUUGUUAACAGGAAGAAUUUCCACAGCAUCAAUGUGCAAAUAGUGUUCAAUGCGGCCUGUAAGAUUUUGGACAUUGUGGCUAAAUGGCCAGGCUCCACACAUGAUGCGAGAAUGCUCUCCGAGAGUGGCAUCAGACAGCUUUUUGAGAGACGCUAUGUGCCAGCUAAUUGCCACUUGUUAGGGGACAGUGGCUACCCAUGCAAACCAUGGCUCCUUACACCUUACCUCCAGCCAUGCCAAGGGCCCCAACUAAACUAUAACAGGGCCCAUAAGACAACAAGAGUGGUGGUGGAGCGUGGCAUAGGCCAGCUUAAGAGGCGCUUUCAUGUUCUCCACGGAGAGGUGCGGCUGAGGCCUGAAAAAGUCAGCAAAGUCAUCAUAGCCUGUGCAAUAUUACACACUAUUUGCAAGGUUAGACAGAUUGCAGAACCUCUGGAGGAUGGCGAUGAGGAUGAGGAUGAAGACAACGAUGAGGAUGGUGGGAUGCUGACGGAGCAGGUGCUGCGGAUGGGAAUGGUGUUUGAUCCGCCGGGCUAUCCUGAGUAG